AUGAUUAAAAAAUAUGGCAAAAUUGGAAAAUACAGUUCAUUCUAUAAUAAUAACACUGGUACUGGAACUUAUGAUCCAUCCUUUAAUCGAACGUGGGGCCGAUUUCGUCGUGAUAUUGACAAGGUAUUUGAUGACUUUUUUGGUGGUGGCGGCAUUGGAGGAAGAGAUCGUGAGGGUUAUGGAGGUGCUGGUAUCGUAGGAUCUCCAAUAACAUGGGCAGUUGGUGUUUGUGCUUUUGAUUUUACGCCUGCAGUUGAUGUUAAAGAUACAGAAAAUAAAGUCAUAGUUCACGAACGUCAUUAUGGUUAUUUUAUGCGUUCUUUACCGCUUCCCACCAACGUUGAUCGUGAUAAAGUUGAUGCACGUUUAGAUUUGGGUGUGCUCGGAAUUAGGUUAUUAUUAUUCAUUAUUAGCUUCCAAGAACUGAAGGGUGUCACAGUCAAGCGUAUUACUGUUCAAUAA